AAAGGGGAGUAGUGGACUUAGGGGAAAAUGAGGUAGGGGAGGAAACCUAAUCAAGAAAGUUUGAGGGCUUCAGGGCGAGGCUAGAAUGUUUUGUCCAGUCUGAACUCCUGUGGGCGGGACUAGAAUCUUUCGGGUAGUUGUCAGAACAUAAGUUUAAGGGUGGCUUUAGAACAGCUCGGAGGAUGGUGGAAGUGUCGUAGGCGGAGCUUGUCUCCAGCUGGCUAGAACUCAGAUACUCGGUGGAGCGGUAGGGGACCACCUAAGGACGAAGUUUAUUUCCUUGUAGCUCCAGUUGUCUGACCCUCCUCCAAGGGGACACUUUUACAACUGAAGCAAGAAGGAAAGGGGGAGAAAGAACAGGGUUAAGAUCGCUCUGGGAUGUCCGUUUGAGUACCACUCCACCUGUGUCCUAUCUAUUCCCCUUCCCCAACCUUUCCAUCCCCUGGAAAAGCAGAGGCUCCUAGAGCUCCUUGUGUAAAGGGAAACUGAGUCUCGAAGGGCUGUCAAGGGACUACAGCGCCAGCCUCCCCUCAACCCCACUGGUGCAGCCUGAUGCCCCAGGAGCGGCGGAGCCCCGAGAAGACUGAGUUGGGGGAGCCUGGGGCAGGGCUGGAGCCGCACGUCUUGGGACACUUUAGAAGACUGAAGGUCAGGAUGGGGUGUGUGAAGUCCAGGUUUACCCAAGAUGGCGGGACAUACUUCAAAAAAAAGUCUCAAACAAAUACCGAGGGCCCUAAGUAUGUGCCAGAUCCAACAACCUCUGGAGGAAAGGUAGUCAAUGAUUCCAGUGUCAUCCAGAACAUCUCCUCUGAUGCAGGCUCUGAGAAUAUAGACAUCACGGUUGUGGCCCUGUAUGACUAUGAAGCCAUCCACAGUGAGGACCUCAGCUUCCGGAAGGGUGACCAGAUGGUGGUCCUCGAAAAGUCUGGAGAGUGGUGGAAAGCUCGAUCCCUUGCAACUCGGAAGGAGGGCUAUAUCCCAAGUAACUAUGUAGCUCAGAUCAACUCACUGGAGACAGAGGAAUGGUUCUUCAAAGACAUCAGCCGUAAGGAUGCAGAGCGUCACCUGCUGGCACCUGGGAACAUACUGGGCUCUUUCAUGAUUCGGGACAGUGAGACCACCAAAGGCAGCUAUUCCUUAUCGAUACGGGACUAUGAUGCCCAGCACCAGCAUGCAGUGAAACAUUAUAAGAUCCGGACCCUGGACAAUGGUGGUUACUAUAUCUCCCCACGGAGCUCUUUUAGGACUCUGCAGGAUCUAGUGGCCCACUACAAGAAAGAAAGUGAUGGCUUAUGCCAGAAGCUAACAGUGCCCUGUGUGGUCCCCAAACCCCAGAAACCCUGGGAGAAGGAUGCCUGGGAGAUCCCCAGGGAAUCCCUGAAGUUGGAGAGGCAACUGGGAGCUGGGCAAUUUGGAGAAGUUUGGAUGGCUACCUACAACAAGCACACCAAGGUAGCUGUGAAGACCAUGAAGCCAGGUAGCAUGUCUGUGGAAGCCUUCUUGGCCGAGGCCAACCUGAUGAAGACUCUGCAACAUGACAAGCUUGUGAAACUGCAUGCUGUGGUCACCAAGGAGGAGCCCAUCUACAUCAUCACUGAGUUCAUGGCAAAAGGAAGCCUCCUGGACUUUCUGAAAAGUGAUGAAGGCCGAAAACAACCCCUGCCAAAGCUCAUCGAUUUCUCAGCCCAGAUUGCUGAAGGAAUGGCCUUCAUUGAGCUGAGGAACUAUAUCCACCGAGAUCUAAGAGCAGCCAACAUCCUCGUCUCCUCCACCCUGGUGUGUAAGAUUGCUGACUUUGGCCUGGCACGGCUCAUUGAGGACAACCUAUACAAUGCUCGAGAAGGAGCCAAGUUUCCCAUCAAGUGGACAGCUCCAGAGGCCAUCAACUACGGCUCCUUUACCAUCAAGUCAGAUGUGUGGUCCUUUGGCAUCCUCCUGAUGGAGAUUGUCACUUACGGCCGGAUUCCCUACCCAGGAAUGUCUAACCCUGAAGUGAUCCGUUCCCUGGAUCGUGGAUACCGGAUGCCUCGUACCAACAACUGUCCAGAAGAGCUAUAUAGCAUCAUGACUCGCUGCUGGAUGAAUAAGCCUGAAGAUCGGCCUACAUUUGAGUAUCUCCAGAGUGUGCUGGAGGACUUCUAUACUGCCACUGAGAGCCAGUACCAAAAGCAGCCGUGAGGAGUGGCGUCUUAAGCAUUGUGACCAAUUCUUGGGUCAUAUCGGCGUAUCAUCACAUUGCUUUCAUGCACACUACCUACUGGCCAUAUUCAUCUUCCUAAUUCCUAUCUCCAUUUCAAGGUCCAUCUCUGGUACUGGGAGUGUGGAGACCUGUGUUCUAGUUCUGUCACUAACUCAGUGGAUCAUUGGACAAAUCACUUGCCCUUUCUGGUCUUCCGCUUUAAAGUGAAGGCAUUGGAUUAGAUGAUCUCUGAGGUCCCUUCUAGCCCUAAGAUUCUACCUUCUGUGUUCUAAGAUCCCUUCCAGUUAUAAUAUUCUGUGUUCUAUAUUAUAAAGUCCCUUCUAGCUAUGACAUUUGACAAUCCAAAAGCCCUUUCGGUCCUGACAUUCUCUGACUCUGAUUUCUAGGAAGAAUGUUGGUCAAUAUUGCUAUUGGCAAUUGACUGGGAUGGUUAUUAUUCCAGUUUUAGCCACAGCUUUGAGAGAUCUGGGUCAAAUGGACAAAUACAAGCACUAUGAAUGCCACAGAGUUUAUGGAUAGAUACGCAUUCUUCUUCUUCCAAUUGCCAAAAAUCCUCUUAGCUUCUAGCAGUUCACUAAGCAAGAAAUUGGGAUGGAGACCUCCCAGAGACGACACCUGCUGAGAGAAAGGGGAGUGCAUCUUUUUUUCCUCUAACCUGCCUUGUAAAGAGAGAUAGAAUUUGGUACAGUGUUAGGAAAGGAAUCUGAGAGUUUGUCCAUGCUACUGUCUCAGGAGAGCUGUGAGCUUAGCCUCUCAUUAAAAAUUUCUCAAGAGAAGAGGCAUUUGGCCUCCUACCAGACCAAAUUAAGACAUAAGAGAAAUUGUUUUGGCUUUCUUGUCAGGACUAGUGAGUAGCUGUACCCUCUUCAUUUCUUAUCCCAAAUUGGCCAGUGUGGUUGUCAGAGACCUAUCUGUGGUGAAGGGGGUGCUGGGAUUGUUGGGAAAUGAUUUUGGAGGAGAUUGGCAAAGGACAGCUCCACUGAAGGACAAGGGGAACUUAAGAGGGUAGAUGAUGGGAACUUUGUGAGCUGGGCUUUCUCAGAUGUUUCUCCAAGCCCCUUGGCAGCCACUACCUCCAGAGGCAAAAAUGGAAGGCUAAAGAUUCACUUCCAAACUGUCUCUCCUGAGAGGACUGAGGAGGAGGCAAGAAAAUAACAGAGGACAAUGUAGUCAGCUUGAAUCUUCCCUUCCCGUUUUUUCUUCCCGAGAAGAAAGAAUACAAAGACAGGCUCCAGGGGCUCCCAGAUUAGCCAGACCAUUCAGGCCAUACUUGUAUGUAUGGCCACAUUCUCAGCCACAGCUUUCCCCCACGGCUUCAUUAAAGUCCUGCCUUGGCUUAACUGCA